AUGUCAAAACCCAAUAACCAACCAAAUACCAAAGACCACCAAGAUGACCAACCCAACUAUCCAGGUUUCUGGCCCCAACCACCAAGUCAACAACACUCAUCCCAUCCACCCCGCGAAACCGUCCCAUUAUCCCGACCCUUCGGAAACCCAAACGAUCCCGCAUUUCCAAAUCGCCAGCUAGGUACUCCACCAACAGCUGCAGCCAUCACACGUGGUUUUCACGGUGAAACAGUUUAUAUGACACCAACCGCCAUUUCGCAACCUGAUGAGAGACCUCUUGCUGGUACGGUGGAUACAGCAAGAUCAGGAAACGCGCCGAGACCGGAGAAUUCGCUGUUGUGUGAGAGUAUGGAGUUACAGGGAUACAGUGGAACUCUGAGUGAGUUGGAUGGUUCUGAGAAAGGCGUUGAUGGUAGUUCUGGUUAUCAACAAGGUGCGAAGGAGCAAGUUGGAGGCGGGGGAGGUGGAUAUGCGGAAGAAAAUGGGGUUGGAGGCUUGGACCAAGGUAUGAAGAAGUAGGUUCAUGCAAAGUUCUUCUGGUAGGGGUUCGACAAACAGGAAUCCAAGGGGUAUCAUGUUUAGGGGGAAAGUACGAGUAUGGAGUUGAUCCGCUAUGUCUAGAGCAAAAAUGA